AUGGACGAAGAUGAAGAGAGAAGACUUACCGGACGACAAUCCACGCGACAACUCUGGGUGCUGAAAAAUGGAAGCGGAAUUUGGUUGAAGGUGCUGAAAAAAAGGAUCCUCGAGAGCUUGAUUGAAGGUUUUGGCGUUGCCGUUUUAAGCGUGGCUUGCUUGCGUUUUGGUUGUGACUGUUUCUGCAACGCGUUUUCCGUUCCGUUUCCCGUCAUUUUGAACCGCUUUGGUUUUUGGUUGCAGCUAGUGUCUUGGGUUGUGUUCGUUGCUGCUGUUGUUUCUGCUAUGACUCUCUCUCAUUUUCCAAUUUCCUUUUUAUUACUUUGCCUUGUUUGGAUAUGUGGAUUAUUACUUGGAUUGUAAUGGAUUUUGGUUAUGUAAAAUCUGGAUAUGGAAUUUGGAUUAUGUAAAUGGAUUAUUGUUUGUAUU